CAACACUAACGUUAUCGAUAUAGAACAAAUGAAAUACGGCAACGUCACGCAAAGCAGACUCAUGAAGUGUUGAAGAGUGAUUAUACAUUCGACAGUACAAAUAAUUAUUAAAUUUACGAAUUUUAACUUUAUUUAGUGAGAAAAUGGCAGAUAAUAAGAGCCCUGAUGAUCUUUCUACCGCGAUCCUGCGCCGUAAAGACAGGCCCAAUCGUCUGAUCGUCGAGGAGGCCGUCAGUGAUGAUAACUCGGUCGUCGCCCUAUCACAGGGGAAAAUGGAGCAGCUACAGUUAUUCCGCGGUGACACUGUACUGCUUAAGGGCAAGCGUCGCAAGGAAACUGUAUGCAUCGUGCUCUCAGAUGACAACUGCCCCGAUGAGAAGAUACGUAUGAACCGUGUAGUUAGGAACAAUCUGCGCGUUCGUUUGUCAGAUGUGGUGUCUAUAGCACCCUGUCCGUCAGUCAAAUACGGCAAGCGUGUCCACAUACUUCCAAUUGAUGAUUCUGUUGAAGGCCUCACCGGUAAUCUAUUUGAGGUGUACUUGAAGCCUUACUUCAUGGAGGCCUACCGUCCGAUUCACCGUGACGACACGUUCAUGGUGCGCGGUGGCAUGAGAGCUGUGGAGUUCAAGGUGGUGGAGACAGACCCCGCUCCUUACUGUAUCGUGGCCCCCGACACCGUCAUUCAUUGCGAAGGGGAACCUAUUAAACGAGAAGAAGAGGAAGAAGCUCUCAACGCUGUCGGCUACGAUGAUAUCGGCGGUUGUCGCAAGCAGUUGGCACAGAUCAAGGAGAUGGUGGAGCUGCCCCUGCGGCAUCCCUCGCUGUUCAAAGCUAUUGGUGUGAAACCUCCGCGCGGCAUCCUCAUGUACGGCCCCCCGGGGACAGGGAAGACGCUCAUCGCUAGAGCCGUCGCCAAUGAGACCGGUGCGUUCUUCUUCCUGAUCAACGGCCCUGAGAUCAUGUCCAAGCUGGCGGGUGAAUCUGAAUCCAACCUGCGUAAGGCUUUCGAGGAGGCUGACAAGAAUUCUCCAGCUAUCAUCUUCAUAGAUGAAUUGGACGCCAUCGCUCCCAAACGAGAGAAGACACACGGGGAAGUCGAAAGAAGAAUCGUGUCACAGCUGCUUACUCUUAUGGAUGGUAUGAAGAAGUCGUCUCACGUGAUAGUAAUGGCCGCCACCAACCGUCCCAACUCGAUCGACCCGGCGCUGCGGCGCUUCGGACGGUUUGAUCGGGAGAUAGACAUCGGCAUCCCUGACGCCACCGGGCGGCUCGAGAUACUGCGCAUUCACACCAAGAAUAUGAAGCUUGGAGACGACGUGGACCUAGAACAGAUUGCAGCUGAAUCUCACGGUCAUGUGGGUGCCGAUCUGGCUUCCCUGUGCUCGGAAGCAGCUCUGCAACAGAUCAGAGAAAAGAUGGACCUCAUUGACCUGGAAGAUGACCAGAUUGAUGCUGAAGUACUCAAUUCCUUGGCUGUCUCCAUGGAUAACUUCCGUUAUGCGAUGACCAAAUCCUCUCCAUCGGCACUCCGUGAAACUGUGGUGGAAGUGCCCAACGUAACGUGGACUGACAUCGGUGGUCUCCAGAACGUUAAGCGAGAGCUUCAAGAGCUGGUGCAGUAUCCCGUGGAACAUCCUGACAAGUUCCUUAAGUUCGGUAUGCAGCCUUCCAGGGGUGUGCUGUUCUAUGGGCCGCCAGGAUGUGGUAAGACGUUGCUGGCUAAGGCGAUUGCUAACGAGUGCCAAGCCAACUUCAUCUCUGUCAAGGGACCGGAGUUACUCACUAUGUGGUUUGGUGAAUCCGAGGCCAAUGUUAGAGACAUCUUCGAUAAGGCUCGUUCAGCGUCUCCGUGUGUGUUGUUCUUCGACGAGUUGGAUUCCAUCGCCAAGUCCCGCGGCGGGUCCGUGUCGGACGCCGGCGGCGCCGCCGACCGCGUCAUCAACCAGAUACUCACAGAGAUGGACGGCAUGGGCGCUAAGAAGAACGUCUUCAUUAUCGGUGCCACAAAUCGUCCCGACAUCAUCGACCCGGCCAUCCUCCGUCCAGGUCGUCUGGACCAGCUGAUCUACAUCCCUCUACCGGACGAGAAGUCCCGCGAGGCCAUACUGAGGGCCAACCUACGCAAGUCGCCCAUAGCUAAGGACGUUGACCUAUCCUACAUCGCUAAGGUGACACAGGGCUUCAGUGGCGCUGAUCUGACCGAGAUCUGUCAGCGCGCCUGCAAGCUCGCCAUCAGACAGGCCAUCGAGGCGGAGAUACACCGCGAGAGGGCGCGCCAGCAGUCACAACCCGCGGCCGUCAUGGAUAUGGACGAAGAGGACCCGGUGCCGGAGAUCAGCCGCGCUCACUUCGAGGAGGCGAUGAAGUUCGCGAGACGUUCCGUGUCCGACAACGACAUCCGCAAGUACGAGAUGUUCGCGCAGACGCUGCAACAGAGCAGGGGCUUCGGCACUAACUUCAGAUUCCCUACAAGUGGUGCGUCAGCGGGCGGGACGGGAACGUCUGGGGGUGACCAGCCCACUUUCCAGGAGGAGGGGGGUGACGAUGACCUCUAUAGCUAAGCUCGCCGCUCGGCUUCACCUCAGGAUAACUGCCUAGCACCGACUGCCCUAUAACAAGACUACGGCCCUAUUAGGAACACCGUGUUACCCGAUUACGUUGACGGCCUCCCUAGACCCAGACACACCGGACGAGGGCUGAUUCUGAUGUUACGUAUCUCUAUACAAAUAUUUAGCGAUGUUAUGCGACCGUUUAAGGUAAUUCUUACUCGUCGCUUAGCUGUAAGAUUUUUUUACAUUUCCGAUAAACGUUGUUUGUGGCAAAAUUGUACUAGUGUUGUAUAUCCUUUGAUAUACGAUAACGUUCAAUCAAAUAGAUUAACCGGUUUUAGUCUAUUAUAGAACUAUCUGAGAAAAAUGGUGUUGCUUUUACUGAUACUAUUUUGCUACUCGAAAUAAAAUAUAGUAAAUGUCAUUUAAUCAACAUUUUUGCCGUGAACAACUUUAUAGUAUAAUGUCCUAAUAGGGCCUCCGUAAAUUCAUCUAAGGUAUCAAUAGAUUAUAAGCGUUAUCCUCGGAAACGAAGCUACACGGGUGACUGUAUCUGUAUCUCGAUUUGUUUUUGUCCACGCAGACGUCGGUCCGACCGCCGUCCUGUUCCAAAUGUGUAAAUUAAUUUAAUUCAAUCAUUAGUUACAUUGGCUUAUAUUUAGUUGAUGGAGGGAGUCAUCGGCAUUAUGCUACGGUUUAUAGUAAAUGUUACCUGUAACACCGGAUCGUGAGUAGCGACGUCGGCCUGUGCCGGCUGACACAGAAACGCAGUGAUUUUUAAUUAAUAAAAAGAUUUUUAUAAUCGUA